AUGGAUGAACGCCCUCCUCAACAGUUCGAGUACAUCGAAAUGCCCUUGCCAUCGGCAGAAACUCAUAUCAGGUUGCUAAAGAUCCAACCAUCUCGUCUCACAGUCAAGGGGUCUGGUUCUGAUGAAGAUCACUUCUCGAGUCGCAUCGUCUGCGAAAUGACCACUACCGACAUCAGGAAUCCCGCCCCUUACAAGUGUUUGUCGUACAGAUGGGGUCCCGAUGACAGGAACCAUUGGGUCGAGGUUGCAGGCACUUGGCUCCCGAUCACGGAGUCUCUUGACACGGCCAUACGCCACCUUCGGCCUAAAGAGGAGGCUCUCACCAUCUGGAUCGACCAGAUCUGCGUCAACCAGGGGGACGGCGUCGAGAAGGGGCACCAGGUCGUCCUUAUGAAGGACGUGUACAGCAAGGCCGAGCAGACGUUGACAUGGCUCGGUCCGGCCGCCGACGGUUCCGACGAGCUCAUGGACUGCUGGGCAGACAUCGGGGGCACUGCGCAACGGCUGGGCCUCGACUCCUAUUUCACCAAGGAGAGGCUACCCCUCCUGUACACCAAGGUGCGGAACGAGGACCCGGAUGACGAGCUGACCCGGGAAAUACAAAAGCUCCUUGAGAGAUCACGCCCCAUAUUCGACUCGGUCCUGGAGGCCAUGGUCGCCUGGGACAAGAGGCCCUGGUUCUCCCGCGUCUGGGUCGUCCAGGAAGUGGCCCUCUGCGCCAACGCCAUGUUCGUGGAGCACGAUUCCCAGGCGACGCUCGCCCGAGACAGGAUCUACGGGAUGCUGGGUAUAGCGGUCGAUACCGACCAGCUGGGCAUUGUGCCCGACUAUACCAGCAAGUCCUCGGUGCCCGCCCUGAGGGACGCGGCGCGGUCCAUGAUCCGGAACGGUCGGGUCGAGCUGCUCUCCUUCUCGCAGUUCCCCAAGGAAGCCGGACGGCCGGGUCUCCCCACCUGGGCUCCGGAUUGGCGGCCGGGGCUUUCUCGAUCCUUCUACACCGUUUUCGAGUACGCGGAAGAUCAUCUCCUCGCAGCGGCGGGGACCACUUCUGUCGAUCUUCUCCCGACUUCGGAUCCCAACGUGCUCGGGCUAGGCGGCUACUUGGUCGACACGAUCGAGGCGACGGGCACCACCUGGCAAGCAGAUGGCGAUUACUGGUCGUACUUUCUCCUUCUCAAGGAAAUCAAGGCCUUAUGCGAGACGUCGGCGGCGAAAAACCAACCCAUCUACGCCGACGACGCCCGCCGCGCCGAGGCGCACUGGCGCGUACCCGUCGGGGAUUUGUUCUGGACGGCCGAAACCGAUAGCAUGCGCGCACAUUCCCCCGCCGUGCGAGAUGCUUAUGAUGACUGCAUGGCCGUGCUGGAAUACAUACUCGAGUGGCAGUCUCUCACACCCGAGCAGCUUGAAAGCCACGAUGCCGAGUUUCCUCGUCGUCGACAGCCGGCGAGUAGGUACAGGAGCAACAUGGGCGCCAUGACGGGGAAGAAGACGUUCUUGACGCAAAAGGGUUAUGUUGGGAUGGGACCCAGUGAUGCGGCCAUGGGAGAUGCGGUGGUGGUGCUCUGCGGCGGUCGUAUCCCGCAUGUCUUGCGGCCUCUGAAGGACGGAGAUAGGUAUACUUACGUUGGUGAGGCGUACUGCGACGGGGUUAUGGACGGGGAGAUUCUGUCGCUGAAGGAGAAGGAGUACUUUUACAUCAUUUGAUUUGAACCGUGCUGGGGAGUGGGAGGGCCCCGGAGGGAGGGAUACAGGCCGAGGUCAUAGAUAUGUCCGACCUAUUUGCAGAAACCCGUGGCGGCAUCUUGUUUUACUAUUACAGGGGUAAUGUCCUGUUGAAUGAUUAUUAUUGCGAGUUGCAGCGUCGUCCCCAG